AUGCGGCUCGGUUCGAGUUCGGACGACGGGGAUCUCCCUGGGGCGUUCCUCGAGCCCGCUGAGGUGGUCGGAUGCGCCCCAGAACCGCCGUCGGCAGGAGUCGAGGUAGUCGGCGCCGGCGCAGGCGCAGAGGGCGUGGUGGGACUAGGAGACGGCGACGACGAGGGCGACUUCGUCGCGGGAGCCGGCGAAGGGGUCGUCGGCGUGGAAGGAGUAGGAGCUACCGUGGGAGCGACAGGUGCAGGGGGCGGCGACGCCGUGGGGACCACGGCCGGGGGUGGAGUGGCGACGGGAGGAGGGGUGGCGGGGGGCGGAGUGGCGGCUGGAGGAGGGGUGGUGGGGGGCGGAGUGGCGACUGGAGGAGGGGUGGCGGGAGGCGGAGUGGCGACUGGAGGAGGGGCGGCGGCCGGAGGAGGGGACGAGGCGGGUGGAGGGGUGGCGGUGGGGGACGAAGCCGGGGACUGGGCGAUGCAGGUGGCGAGGAGGGCGAAGGAGAUGGCUAGAGCCAGAGCGGGCGCACGGGAAGCCAUUGCUCGCCCCUCUUCUCUCUCUCUCUCUCUCUCUCACUGCCUCUGAGUGGGCUACUGGCGAGAGGAAGAGCCGUAGAGAAGGCGUGCUUGUGAUUUUGGUUGAUGAGAGGCAAGAGUGGGGAGGUUUGGUGAUAAUAUAGGGCGGAACAGUGGAGAGACAAAGAGAGGCCAGCAAAGCUUGGAGAGGAAGGACGCUGCAAUAGCUGUAAGGAUUUCUGGUGGUGCCUUCAAGAGCAUGUCUCGCUCCCUCACCACCUCC